GGGAAGCUGAGGUGCCAGGGCUGGCCAUCAGUGCGCAAUGCAUACUCUUAAUACUUCGUAAUGGACUCCCACCGCAUUAGACAGCAAAAGCGAAAAGAGUGGCUGGCACUGAAACGAGAGCGCUAUGGCAAGGGUUUUCUGGCCAGCACUGAUGACGAGCCGGACAGCACGCCGAUAGUGUUUGGCUACGGAGCACGGAUAUUCGAACAGGCAGAGCGGUCGGACAGAGCAGACUUGAUUCAGCUAGCCGAGACCAAUACGCUGGUAGACCGUUAUGACAUCAGAUAUCUUAUUGACAUGAACUCUAUUCGCCGAAACGAGGAUACUGGCACUGUUGUCGCUGAUCCUGAAAUGGAUGCACGCCGGUUUAAAUCGCUGGAGACGGAGGAGAACGAGCGGUGCAUAUUUUACAUGGACAGUCCAGAAAGACAGGCAUACAUUCGCCAAAUCAGCGAGCCUGAUUCUGAAGACGCCAGCGAAGCAAGUGGUACAGCACUUCAGUAUGACGUGGAGGGGAAGCCAGUUGCUCCCGCUGUGUCUGCCUUGCAGCUCAACCACCUCGACGAAGCCAAUACCGACCCGCCAUUCUGCCCUUCAUUUUCCCUGUCCGAUGGAAUGGCAGCGCCUAAAUCGCAGCGCCACUUUGAAAUCAUCGAGCGUACAGCCCGGUUCAUCUCCAGCCAGCCUGCAGACCGUUCCAACCAAAUGGAGCUCACGAUCCAGGGCAAGCAGGGCAACAACAGCGACUUCUACUUUUUGAAUAGGGACGACUCGCUUUACCCGUUCUACAAGCAUAUCAGGUGGCUCAUGCAGGCCGGCCUGUACGGGUACAAUGACGAGUCUGAUUCGGGCUCACAAUCUGCAGACGACUCUAAACACGACCCAGAGUCUGGAUCAGAGGAGCCCAGCCCGGAUGGUGACGACAAGCACGCAAACGGCGAAGCAGCAGUGCCAAUCCAGGUUCCCGAUGACAUCAUGGUGCCUGACGGCAAUGCCAGGGCGGUUAUCGACAAGGUAGCAAAGCUGGUUUCCCAGUCUGCCGAUCCACCAAAGCUCGAGACUAAGCUGCGAGUGGAGAAGGCAACGUCGAUGGCCAUGUACUCGUUUCUGUCACCGUUCGACAAGUGCAACGCGUACUAUGUGUUCCGGCGCGACUGCUUUGCCAGGGGCGUGCAGGUCGAGGAUAUAGUGUGCGUCCCCGCAGAGCCUGUUAUGGACGACAAUGAGAGCAAGAUGGCAAAGCGAAGGCGGCUGGCGAAGGAGUUUUUGAAUCGCAAGAAGCAGCGGCCGGUGUAGUACGCGUUGGCUUGCAGCAUCAUAAUGCUGAAGCUGGGUUUGAAGAUCUUCCGGCUUGGCCCAAUCAUGUGAGCCACGAGUUCUGAUGAAAACAGUUAGAUAUUUUCUCAGUGUAGCGCUUGCACGACUUUUUCCCCACUUUACUUCAAAACGCC